ACGUCUACAGAUGUACUGUGGAGAGCAUUCUAACUGGGAUCACCAUCUGAUAUGGAAGGGUCAUUGCAGAGGAUUGAAAAAAACUGUCAGCUCCAUCAUGGGCACUAGUUUCCCAGCAUUGAGAACACUUAAAAAAGGUGAAGCCUCAAAAAGGAGGCAUUCAUCACUAAGGACCCCACCCAGGACAUGCCCUCUUCUCAUUGCUACCAUCAAGGAGGAGGUACAGGAGCCAGAUCUCUCUCUCUCUCUCUCUCUCACACACACACACACACUCUCUCUCUCUCUCCCUCUCUCUCUCUCUCCCCCUCCCUCUCUCUCUCUCUCUCUCUCUCUCUCUCUCUCUCUCUCUCUCUCUCUCUCUCUCUCUCUCUCUCUCUCUCUCUCUCUUUUCAGGAACAGCUCCUUCUCCUCUGCCAUCAGAUUUCUGAAUGGACAAUGAACCUACGUACUCUUCCUCAGUAUUUUCCCCUCUCUUUUUCCACUACUUAUUUAAUUUAAUUUUGUAAAAUAUAUACUGAUUGUAAUUUAUAGUUUUUAUCACUAUGUAUUGCAUUAUACUGCUGCCGCAAAACAACAAAUUUCACAACGUAUGACACUGAUAUUAAACCUGAUUCUGAUUCUAUGUUGUCUGACUCUAUAAUUUUCUCAGCUCUGCCCCACUCACACCAUCUCUGAGACUGUUAUGAGUCAGGUAGUCACUAGCCUUUCCAGUCUUUAUGAAAGUUAAUGGACAUGAACCUCAACAUAUCUGUCUCAGUGUAAAUGAAAAUGGAAGGGCUGUAAACAUUGGUCAAUUGGUUUAUUACUGUCGUCUGUACGGAGUACUGUAUAGAACUUUGUUUUGCAUGCCAUCCGUAACAGGCCAUUUCACCUCAACAGUGCAUUAAGGAGUAAAGGGAAAACAAUAACAAAAUGUUGAAUAAUGUGUAACAGUUACAGAGAAAGUUCAGUGCAGGCAGUCAGUGAGGUAGAAGGGCCAUAACAAGGUAGAUUAUGAGGUUUAGAGUUUACCCUUUAGUACAAGAGAGCAGUUGGAGUGUCUGAUUAACAGCGGGGUGGAAGCUGUCCUUGAGCCUGAUGGUACGUCCCUUCAGGCUUUUGCAUUCUCUACCCGAUUGAGGGGGGCGGGGUGGCUGGAGUAGGGGGAAGGGAAAGAGAGGUGAAGAACAGUGGGGUAGAAGUUGUCCUAUAAACUUUUAGAAGAAACAUAGUUAAAAACACUCUGCAAGUCGGUUGGUUGUCUGUGCAGAAACUCAAACUAUCUGUCAGUGAGAUACUGGGACUCCUCAUCUUUUUUUCCAGUCGGCCCGAAAUGUUGACUGUACUUUUUUCCACAGAUGCUUCCUAGCCUGCUGAGCUGCCCCAGCAACCCCACAAAGCCAACUAGCCCUACCCUAAUCAUGGGACAAUUUACAAAGACCAAUUAACUUACCCGGUAGGUCUUUGGACUGUGGGAGGAAACCGGAGCAUCCAGGGGGAACCACUACGGAAAGGCACCGGAAUUGAACUCCGAACUCCGACACCCCGAGCUUCACGUUAAUCACUAUGCUGCUGUGGUGCCCAACAUAAACGUAAAACAAGGAACGGUGGUGGGACGUUAAUAAUUGAUACGCAAAAGGUUCUGCUGAUGCUGGAAAUCCAGAGCCACACGCACAAAAUGCUGUGGAGGAACUCAGCAGGUCGGACAGCAUCUAUGGAGGAGAAUAAACAGUGGAAGUUUCGGGCUGAGAUUCUUCAUCGGCUCAGCCCAAAGUGCCGACUGUUCAAUUUCCUCCAUGAAUGCUGCCUGUCCAGCCGAGUUCCUCCGGCGUUUUGUGUUGCGUUUCUGCACAUUGGCUUGGCGCCUUCACACAGUUCGGUGUUCGCGAUAUACCUGGGCGGAUCACUGGCUCCGUCAGGGCUCACACUGGGCAGUUACAGGCAAAUCUGUGCCCAUCACAUUGGGCAGUUACAGGUCAAAUCUGUGCCCGGUCACAUUGGGGAGUUACAGGUCAAAUCUGUGCCCGGUCACACUGGGCAGUUACAGGCAAAUCUGUGCCCAUCACAUUGGGCAGUUACAGGUCAAAUCUGUGCCCUCUCACAUUGGGGAGUUACAGGCAAAUCUGUGCCCGGUCACAUUGGGCAGUUACAGGCAAAUCUGUGCCCAUCACAUUGGGCAGUUACAGGUCAAAUCUGUGCCCUCUCACAUUGGGGAGUUACAGGCAAAUCUGUGCCCAUCACAUUGGGCAGUUACAGGUCAAAUCUGUGCCCAUCACAUUGGGCAGUUACAGGUCAAAUCUGUGCCUGGUCACGUUGGGCAGUUACAGGUCAAAUCUGUGCCCAUCACAUUGGGCAGUUACAGGUCAAAUCUGUGCCCGGUCACAUUGGGCAGUUACAGGCAAAUCUGUGCCCAUCACAUUGGGCAGUUACAGGCAAAUCUGUGCCCAUCACAUUGGGCAGUUACAGGUCAAAUCUGUGCCCAUCACAUUGGGCAGUUACAGGUCAAAUCUGUGCCUGGUCACAUUGGGCAGUUACAGGCAAAUCUGUGCCCGGUCACAUUGGGCAGUUACAGGCAAAUCUGUGCCCGGUCACAUUGGGCGGUUACAGGUCAAAUCUGUGCCCGCUCACAUUGGGCAGUUACAGGUCAAAUCUGUGCCCGGUCACAUUGGGCAGUUACAGGCAAAUCUGUGCCCGGUCACGUUCGGCAGUUACAGGUCAAAUCUGUGCCCGGUCACAUUGGGCAGUUACAGGCAAAUCUGUGCCCGGUCACAUUGGGCAGUUACAGGUCAAAUCUGUGCCCGCUCACAUUGGGCAGUUACAGGUCAAAUCUGUGCCCGGUCACAUUGGGCAGUUACAGGCAAAUCUGUGCCCGGUCACGUUCGGCAGUUACAGGUCAAAUCUGUGCCCGGUCACAUUGGGCAGUUACAGGCAAAUCUGUGCCGUCACAUUGUGCAGUUACAGGUCAAAUCUGUGCCCGGUCACAUUGUGCAGUUACAGGUCAAAUCUGUGCCCGGCCACACUGGGCAGUUACAGGCAAAUCUGUGCCCGCUCACAUUGGGCAGUUACAGGCAAAUCUGUGCCCGGUCACAUUGGGGAGUUACAGGUCAAAUCUGUGCCCGGUCACACUGGGCAGUUACAGGUCAAAUCUGUGCCCGGUCACAUUGUGCAGUUACAGGUCAAAUCUGUGCCCGGCCACACUGGGCAGUUACAGGCAAAUCUGUGCCCGCUCACAUUGGGCAGUUACAGGCAAAUCUGUGCCCGGUCACAUUGGGGAGUUACAGGUCAAAUCUGUGCCCGGCCACACUGGGCAGUUACAGGUCAAAUCUGUGCCCGGUCACAUUGUGCAGUUACAGGUCAAAUCUGUGCCCGGCCACACUGGGCAGUUACAGGUCAAAUCUGUGCCCGCUCACAUUGGGGAGUUACAGGCAAAUCUGUGCCCGGUCACAUUGGGGAGUUACAGGUCAAAUCUGUGCCCGCUCACAUUGGGGAGUUACAGGUCAAAUCUGUGCCCGGUCACGUUGGGCAGUUACAGGUCAAAUCUGUGCCCGCUCACAUUGGGGAGUUACAGGUCAAAUCUGUGCCUGGUCACAUUGGGGAGUUACAGGCAAAUCUGUGCCCGGUCACAUUGGGGAGUUACAGGUCAAAUCUGUGCCCGGUCACAUUGGGCAGUUACAGGCAAAUCUGUGCCCGGUCACAUUGGGCAGUUACAGGCAAAUCUGUGCCCCCAACCCUGAGAGGAGUUUGCUGGAGGUGGUGAGUAAGGAAGAGAUAGUUUUGAGUUCAGACGGCGUUGGGCGGUGAGGUGGUCGAUAGAAGGGGCAAGGGGUAAGCAGA